UCCCCUUUUUCUCUCCCUUGCUCCUUCGUAGGACAAGAAAUACGAUGUUGGCGGUGGUGAACCCUUCGACACUUUAUCCGAACUCAUCGAACACUAUAAACGCAAUCCGAUGGUGGAGACGUGCGGCACAGUGGUGCAUUUGCGGCAGCCAUUCAAUGCGACGCGCAUCACUGCGGGGGGCAUCAAUGAAAGAGUCGAACAACUGGCCAAGGGUGGCUUCUGGGAGGAAUUCGAAUCGCUGCAACAAGAUAAUCGCAAUAUGUUUUGUCGCAUUGAAGGCUAUAAGCCCGAGAAUCGCGGCAAGAAUCGCUAUCGCAAUAUACUGCCCUAUGAUCAUACCCGCGUUAAACUACUCGAUGUGGAGAAAAGUGUGCCCGGCUCUGAAUACAUUAACGCGAAUUAUAUUCGCCUGCCCACCGAUGGCGAUUUGAAUAGCAUGAGCUCAUCGUCAGAGAGUUUGAAUGCCACUGGCUUGGUGGCCUCUUGUCCCGCAUGCACCGCCGCCCAAAUGCAGAAGAACUGCACCAACUGUCAAAUGCAGAAUAAGACUUGUGUGCAAUGUGCUGUGAAAUCGGCCAUAUUGCCUUUGAGUAACUGUGCAACUUGCAAUAAAAAAUCGGAUACGAUGAACAAACAUAAACGCAGCGAUUCAUCUGCCUCAACCGCAACGAGUUUUAGCAGCGCUGGUGUUUGUGGUGCUGGUGGUUCGCGGUCGGCGCUAGCCGGUUGCAAUGCUGGCGGGUUGUUGAAGAAGUGUAGCAAUGAGAUGAACGAACGUGAUAUGUUUAAGGUGUACAUUGCGACGCAGGGCUGCUUGCCGACCACGAUUGUCGAUUUCUGGAACAUGAUCUGGCAGGAGAAUACGCGCGUCAUCGUGAUGACAACCAAAGAGAUUGAGAGAAAUCGCAGUAAAUGUGCUAAAUACUGGCCGGAUGAGGGCCAAUGCCGACAAUUCGGCCCGGCGAAGAUACAAUGUCUCUCGGAAAGCAAAACCAGCGAUUAUACGCUGCGCGAAUUUAUCUUCUCCUGGCGCGAUAAGCCCGAGCGACGCAUCUAUCACUAUCACUUUCAAGUAUGGCCCGAUCAUGGUGUGCCACAGGAUCCGGGUUGUGUGCUGAAUUUCUUGCAAGAUGUAAAUACAAAGCAGAGUCAGCUGACGCUGGCGGGCGAGAAGCCGGGUCCAAUUUGCGUGCAUUGCUCCGCGGGUAUUGGCCGCACGGGCACUUUUAUUGUGAUUGAUAUGAUUCUCGAUCAAAUCGAUAGAUAUGGUCUCGACACCGAAAUCGAUAUACAGCGCACAAUACAAAUGCUACGCUCCCAACGUUCUGGUUUAGUACAAACUGAAGCACAAUACAAAUUUGUUUAUUAUGCUGUGCAGCAUUACAUACAAACGCUGAUACAACGUAAACGUGCCGAAGAGCAGAGCUUACAAGUCGGACGCGAAUACACAAAUAUCAAAUACACCGGCGAAAUAGGCAGUGACUCACAAAGAUCUCCGCUACCACCAGCAGUUUCUAGUAUAAGUUUAGCAAGUAAAAACUCCACAGGUGCCAGCAGCAACUUGCUGUCCUCUGCCACAAACAACUGCAGCAGCACUAAUGUCGGCGCCGCCUCAGAUGGCGUCAAUCACUAUGCAGGUGCUGCGGCCAAGCAACAACUUUAUGGUGGUGGUGGUGCCGCAGCGCCGCCGUUGGCUACAAAAAAACAAGCACCGCUCCCACCAUCGCCGGCCAGUGUACUCCUAGGCAUCGGCAACCCAAAGACGGGCGAUAGCAACAGCUAUCAUCAUCAUCAUCAACAACAACACCAACACCAACACCAACAAAGCGCCAUACAUCCGCAGCAGCAGCAACAACAACAAACAGCGUCAGCGGCAAAUGCAUCCGCCGCUAACGCUGCCGCCGGUGCUGCUGCGGCAGCCAACGAAAACAUUCCCAAAGACAUGAGCAUGCGCACAGGCAGCGGUCAGCAGCCGAAACAGCAGUCGCAUUCGCAUACGCAACAACAGCCACCACCUCCGACACCGCCACGCGCUAGCUAUAACACAUGACAGUUAAAGUUUUAAAAUGAGCUCUAUUCCUCAUGAGCUCAUAAGCGUGCGCAGUUGCUUCAAAAGCGAAUUUGUACGCGCGCGUUACUUUCUUUCAUGCAUCCUUCAACAAAAACGCACUUUUAAGUGGACGUGAUGUGGUGGUCGUAUAUGCGGUGUGGAGACAAUGAAAAAAGUCGAUAAUACAACAAAACCUAGAAAAUACACUCACGCUUCCCUAUCUUUCGCUAGAGUUUUUUUUUCAAAAACAAUUUUGUAUUUCGAAUGGCUCUGAAAACUAUUUGUUUGCGUUAAAAGCGUUUCACGUUUUCAUCUUAACUUAUGCACACAAAUUGUUUGCGCUCCUUACUUUUAACUUAGUUUUUACGCCACUUUUAAUUCUUAACAAUUUUUAUGUUUUUUUCUGAAAAAAAAGGAUUCUAAAUGAACUCUCUCUGAGACCUCUCGUUUUUGGUUAAAGAUUUAUAUUUAUUACCUGAGCUGGUACCCUUCUUGGUUUCUUUCCACCUCCUUACCUUUUCUAUUUCCCUGGCUUUUUUACCCCUUGAUUUGCGCGUUCCUCUUCGUGUUUUUUAAUAUAUUUCUUAAGAUAAUAAUUCUUUGUAAUGCUGGUUAUUGUUGUUGUUGUACUAGAGUAGUUUGUUGCUGCUGUGCCUGUUGCUGUUUUUUUUUUGUAAUUUUUGUUGUAGUUUUGUAUCGCUGCAUGGUAGUUUACGCAGCGUUAAAGUAAACGUAAAACGUACAGAAAAAUGAAAAAUGAAAACAAAAAAAUAAAACAAAAUAUAUAUUCAUACGAAAAGCGUGGAUUGUGAUCUGUAUUGAUGCAUUAAAAAUUUAAUAGAAGUAAGUAAAAAUAAAAAUAGGUUGUAAAAAAAAAAA